CUGUAGUUGAAGUCGACCCUCCUUCGAUAGCAUUUUUAUUUAUUUAUUUUAGAGGGAUUUGAGAGGUGCCAUUCUGUAUCAUCCUAACCGAUCCCAGGCCAAACAUAUGGGAAAAAUCUAAAUGAGAAUAAGGUCCGAGGAGACGAAAGCUCUGUUUUCGUAGUACUGCCCUAGACGUUUUGGGAGGCAAGGCUUGCCUGUGCUCCCCGCCAUGGCUCAGCUCCAGACACGCUUCUUCACGGACAACAAGAAAUACGCAGUAGAUGAUGUUCCUUUCUCAAUCCCUGCCAGCUCUGAAAUUGCUGACCUUAGUAACAUCAUCAAUAAAUUGCUGGAGGCCAAAAAUGAGUUCCACAAAUAUGUGGAGUUCGAUUUCCUUAUCAAAGGCCAGUUUCUACGAAUGCCUUUGGCCAAGCACAUGGAAGUGGAAAACAUCUCAUCAGAAGAAGUUGUGGAGCUGGAAUAUGUGGAGAAGUAUACCGCCCCCCAGCCCGAGCAGUGCAUGUUCCAUGAUGACUGGGUCAGCGCCGUCAAAGGGGCAGAGGAAUGGAUUUUGACUGGUUCUUAUGAUAAAACUUCUCGGAUCUGGUCCUUGGAAGGAACAUCAAUAAUGACAAUUGUGGGACAUACAGAUGUUGUAAAAGAUGUGGCCUGGGUGAAAAAAGACAGUUUGUCUUGCUUACUACUGAGUGCCUCUAUGGAUCAGACUAUUCUCCUAUGGGAAUGGAGUGUAGAAAGAAAUAAAGUAAAAGCUCUACACUGCUGUAGAGGUCAUGCUGGAAGUGUGGAUUCUAUAGCAGUUGAUAGCUCUGGAACUAAAUUUUGCAGUGGCUCCUGGGAUAAGAUGCUAAAGAUCUGGUCUGCAGUCCCAACAGAUGAAGAAGAUGAAAUGGAAGAAUCCACAAAUCGACCAAGAAAGAAACAGAAAACAGAGCAGUUAGGACUAACAAGGACUCCCAUAGUGACCCUCUCUGGCCACACAGAAGCAAUUUCCUCAGUACUGUGGUCAGAUGCUGAAGAAAUCUGCAGUGCAUCUUGGGACCACACAAUUAGAGUGUGGGAUGUUGAGUCUGGCAGUCUUAAGUCAACUCUGACAGGUAAUAAAGUGUUUAAUUGUAUUUCCUAUUCUCCACUCUGUAAACGUUUAGCGUCUGGCAGCACAGAUAGACAUAUCAGACUGUGGGAUCCCCGAACUAAAGAUGGUUCUUUGGUGUCACUGUCUCUAACCUCACAUACAGGCUGGGUUACAUCAGUAAAGUGGUCUCCAACACAUGAACAACAGCUGAUUUCAGGCUCUUUAGAUAACAUUGUGAAGCUAUGGGAUACAAGAAGUUGUAAAGCUCCUCUCUAUGAUCUGGCUGCUCAUGAAGACAAAGUUCUUAGUGUAGACUGGACAGACACGGGGCUACUUCUGAGUGGAGGAGCAGAUAAUAAAUUAUAUUCCUACAGAUACUCACCUACCACUUCUCAUGUGGGGGCUUGAAAGUGAAUGAUAGCUUAGUUAUGGAGUCUUCAUAAAUAACAUUGGUACAGAAACCUCACAUUAUUUAUACAGAAAUGGAAAGUAGCCUUUUAAAGCUUACAUAACAUUUUCCUCCUUAUAAUGGUUACCAUCACUGUCUUUGCCUUCUUUGUAUUUAUAAAACAUGACAAAUGGUCUGAAUGUACAAACUCCUGAAAUUAAAUUGAGUUUUACAAUUUCUCUUUAAAGGUAUUAGUUUGAACUAAGAGUAGCUUUUGAAAUACCAUGAAGGAAUAUACUAGAAGUACAGUAAUCAGUUUUCCAGAUUUUUCUGUUGGAGAAAUUUGGAUUUUUCCAUUAGCUAUUUUUUUAAAAGCAUCCAGAAAAGACUGAUAAAAACUAUUAGAGAAAAAAAGUUAGAAAUAAAAUUCCUUUUGGUAAAAUAAUGCUUAAUGAUAAGAUUUUGUAGGCAUUUAGAACAUUAAAAGAUAUUGCCAGUUAAGUCAUUGAAAGCUGGGCAAGGUGGCACACACCUAUAAUCUCAACUACUCAGGAGGCUAAGGCAGGAGGAUUACAAGUUCAAGGAUAGCUUGCACAAUUUAAUGAAAAUCUGUCUCGAAAUAAAAUUUGAACAAGCAUAAAUCAGCCUUCAGAACCAUACACACAAAAUUUCAUUUAGCUAUUCUAAAUGAAAUACAUCAUAUUAAAGAUCAAUCAGGUCUUUUAGAAAAUGUAUACAGAUUUCAUGAUAACUAGGAAUUUCCUUUCUCACUAACUGAUCCUCAUAUAUGUUAAAAAUAAAUUCUUUAGACAAAGCCUGUCAGUAUUAAAUAGCCUAUAAAUUUCUUAACAUUUGUAUUUAUGCAUAUGUUGUAAACAAAAUAUAGUAAUAUCUUUUAAAAUAUGACUUUCAUCUUUAAUGGAUCCAUAUUCCUCAAGCAGAGCUCUUACAUCUUUCUAUGGGAAAUAAGCUUGGCCUUAAUCAUUGUACCAUAUCUCAAACAAUGCUGCUACCACAGAAGUUGGGAAACAUUUAUGAUUGCAGUUGACAACUAAAUUAACAGUGGAUUGAACCAGUUAGAAUUUUAAUUCCCUGGCAUGUAGAAGCCCAGAGGCAGUUCAUGUCUGGGAUAGGGGACUUUUUUUUUUUUUUUUCCUACUACCAUUUUUUUUUCCCCUCCAUUUUUGAGGUAGGGUUUCAGUAUGUAGUUUAGGCUGGCCUUGAAUUUGCAGCGAUACUCCUGUCUCAGCCUCCAGAGUGCUGGGAUUACAGAUGUGUACCACUAUUGCCUGGCUUUUUUCUCUUUUUUAGGGACCCAGGCUCCCUUCAAUCCUAGACUCCCUUCAGUGGUCCUCAUUUUCAUAUAACCAAGAGGUCCUGUUAUCAAUUUCUUAAAAUGUAUUUAAUGUCAAAAAAUGAAUAAAGUAGCUAAAAUUCACAA